GACUGGAAAAUAGGCGUGUACACGUGUUGAGACUAGAAAAUGGAUCACCAUAAUGCAAUCAGAAGUGGGAUCAUUGACAAGCUCAAGGAUUUCAACGCUUACAUUGAUAAUGAGUUACCUGACUAUAUCAUGGUGAUGUUAGCCAAUAAGAAGACAAUGAAUCAGAUCAGCACUGAUCUUCAAUUGUUUCUAGGAGAGAAUACUGAUCAAUUCAUUGACUGGUUAAAGAAAGUUGUGAGUGAUCCUUCAUUACUAACAAGAGAAGACUCUCCUAGUUCAUCGCCUGACCGCACCCAUUCAUUAUCACCAGUCAGGAAGCGCUCCUCGUCACAGACAUCUAGCCAAUCAAAUUCAGUGAGGAGGAGGAGGUCGUCCUCUCUUGAUAGACCAGUGAAAGUCUCAAGACAAGAAGACAAGAACGAACAUGAUGAUGAACAUGACGACGACGAUGUUCCUGCUGCCACUAUACAGCGUAUUAAACUACCACCUGAAGAGAAGAAGUAUAAUAAUAAUUCUAACAAUGAACACCACAGGAAAGGAGAGACUGGUAGAGGAACUAGAGGUGGAGAUGAGCCUAGAAGAUCACGUGAUCAGGACCUCAGGAGUUUAAUAAGAAGAAGAAAGGCUGAGUCAGGAAUAUCCGAUGAGUCAAGAGUUGUAUCCAGUGUAGUACAGGUCCCUGAUAAACCAGAUAGGCCUAAAGAGUCAAGAGGUACCAGUAGAUUAUUGCAAAGGGCUAUACACGACAUACAUGGUAGACACAACAGCAAGAGAGGAGAGAGGAGAGGAGGAAGAGAAAGAGAUCAAAAAGGAGCUAGGACUCAAAACAAAUCAGAAGAAACUCGCAAAGAAGAGGUUCUUGCUGAUGAAACUGACUAUGUGAAUGACUUGCACAACAAUGAAGGAGGAAAGGAAGAAGAAUAUGAGAAUGAUACUGUGACAGUUAGUGCUCCUUUAACUAAUGAAGAUGAAGAUGAGGAGAAACAACAAGCAAUGAGUGAGAAAGAUGACAAUGAGCAGUUGAAAGCAAUAACUCCUGAUAAAGUCGAAGCAGCUACAAUUGCUGCUAUUAGGAAAGUCCUACCAACCGAGGACUUGAGAUUGUUCCUUAACAAAGGGAAAUCAGUGAAUAAAUCAUCAUCAUCAGAUAACAGUGGUACAGGUACAAGGUUUAUUGUUAAGAUGGAUGACACAGCAAUGGAGGGAGAUGAGGGAGAGGAGGAGGAGGAGGAAGGAGAGGAGAGUGCAAGACAGGGAAAAGGAGGAUUGAGUGAGAGGUGUAGAUUUUGGCCAAACUGUAAGAAUGGGGACAGUUGUCCAUUUCACCAUCCCACAGUCCCUUGCAGGAUGUUUCCUAACUGCAAGUUUGGCCAAAAGUGUUGCUUCGUUCAUCCAGUUUGCAAAUUUGAUGGCAGGUGUAUGAAGCCAGACUGCCCAUACUUACAUACUGUUCCUAAACCUAAAGCUAUAUCACCUAGAGUAAUGGCUGCUCCUUUUAGAAUGCCAACUCCAUUUAUGCUUGGAGGGCCUAGUAUGAUGUACAUUGGCGGUGGAGUGGGGGGAAGGGUCAGUCACAGAUACCCAAAUAAACAAUCAUUAAAAUGGACACCCAACAAACAUUUAAGUGAAAGAAAGUUUGCAGUAGCUGACUCAGACACUUCCAGUAUGUCUGUACAAUGAAUAAUGAGCCUUUUAUCUCUCUCCUUCUAUUUCCUGCUCGUGUCCAUAAUCUCUUGUCAUAAUGUUAGAAGUUGAAUUUGACGUUGCACAUCAUAAUAACAUUACAGAAAAUAAAAGAUGAAAAAUUAUUACUAUAAUCAUUAAAAAAUCAUUGUUAUUACUAAUCAAUAGUAAUUCUUACAGUA